ACCACCGGGUUCAGUCCACAACCGACAGCCGGCGGCGCGCGACGGCCAUUUUGUACCCGCCAUCUUGGAUUUCACGCGAGUGACAUUUGACGAUUUCUGACAGGAAAUUCUAUGUCAAAUUAUUGUGCGUGAUUUUUUUUUUGUGUUUUGUUGGAUGCACUUUAUUUUUAUGAUAUCAAUAACAAGAUCAUGAGAGAAUCGAAGACGAGUGUAGUGGGCGGUAAAGACCAACUGUGACAAAAUGCUAGUGAGGUCUUCGUAGUGAUAUAUAAAGUGGACUAUAAUGAUGCUGAUGUUGAGGGCGCUGCUCUUCUUGGCCGUGGCGAGCUUCGCGAAGGAGGCGAUUGGUUGUAAUUUCUACCCGGUCGGAGAAUACCUGAAGUUUGUGAGGAUACCUGAGAACUUGAAAGUCGGGGAGGAGGUACUGCAGGUGGAAGUGCAUCCAAGGAAGAACUUGAGCUUGCAACCGGUGGACAAGGAAGAAGACGCGCAACUGUUCACGUACCGUGACGUGAAUCGAACCCACGUCUCUGUGGUGCUGGCGCAAAGUGUCGACGGGCUGGUGGAUAGCGACGCGCCUCAGAAUGUCGUGAAGUUCCGGCUUGGCUGUGACUUCGAUACUGGAGAUGAUCUUAUAUCAGCAUAUCUAUCGGUGACGGUGUACAUAGAGGACGUCAACGACAAUGCUCCGAAGUUUGUUGACGCGCCGUACAAUGUUGUUGUCGACGAACUUACUCCUACAGGUCUAACAAUCUUCAAAGGCAUCCGGGCUUUUGACAGAGACAAACCGAACACCCCGAACUCGGAUAUCCAGUACAGCAUCACAGCAGGUGACGAGGACGGUCACUUUGCUCUGGAGAGCUCUCACAAGCCAGCCCUUAUUCUGAAGAGGGCCUUGGACUACGACGCUGGAGACAGGGAGUUUAGGCUUGUGGUUACUGCUUCUGAUCGCGGGUCACCUCAAAGAAGUUCCAACACAACAGUCUUGAUAACCGUUCAAGACAACGAUGACCUUCCACCUAAAUUCACUCGGGAUGUCUACAGGACUCAAUUACCGGAGUUUUAUCCCCUUUUGGGUAAACGCAUUCAGCAAGAGCUGGUCUUCGAAGAGCCGAUCAAGGCAUUCGACCAGGACGAAGGAUUGCACGCUCCACUCCGCUUCGAGCUGGUGGCGGGAAACGAGCGCAAGCUGUUCUCUCUGGACCCGCUGAACGGGACUCUUUACUUGGAGAAGGAGAUUGACUUGGACUCGGAGAUUGGGCUGCCUGGAAACACAUUUAUCCUGCAGAUUCAAGCAUCUCAGAUAGACAACCCGCUGAAGACUGCGCAGGCGCGAGUGGAGAUAGAGAUACUGGAUCUCAACGACAACCUGCCGGAGUUUGAGGUGGACUUCUACAAUAUCAGCAUCGUGGAAAAUCUUCCUAACGGUUUCAGCGUCCUGCAAGUGAUGGCAACAGACAAAGACCAAGGGGAUAAUGGAGAGUUCACGUACCAACUAAAUGAUCCUAAAGGAGCCUUCUCCAUUGAUCCUAGGUCAGGCUGGCUCACUGUCAAAAACCAGACUGUGCUGGACAGAGAAGCUCAUUCAUAUCUUCGCAUGAAAGUUUACGCAAAAGAAAAAAAUCCGAGCGUAGUUGAGGCAUUCUUCGAUAAACAGAGGCAAUCUAAAUGGCGUCGUAAUCCUUUAACACCCAGACCUGGAUCCAAAGAUAGAACAAUAUAUGUAUUUCCUGACAGAUUAGGGAGCAAACUAGAAAAUAUUGAAUAUUUGGAAGAUACUCGGCAAAUAAUGUCUUUUGUCACUGUAGAAGUAACAUUGUUAGAUGCUAAUGACAAUAACCCGGUAUUUGUGCCAAGUAAUCUUUACGAAUUCUCAAUAAAAUCCAACGCAAAAUUCGGGGCAUUUAUUGGCAAGGUAAAAGCCGUAGAUCCAGAUUUGGGAAGGAAUGGUAUGGUAUUAUAUGAUUUGCAGAGAACUAGUAAUCUGACCAUUACGUCGCCAUUUUUAGUAGAUGCUAAAACUGGAGCUAUAACAGUAGCUGAAUCUCCUAUUAUAGAAGGAAGACAUGCUUUGUUUAUUGAGGCUUCAGAUCAGCCUGCUAAUCCAAGUGAAAGGAGAUAUUCUUUGGCUGUGGUUACUAUUGAUGUGAUUAGAGGAAUUAAAGGUUCAAAAACUGACAGACCUGGAUUCAUAGGUGCUCCGUAUGAAUUCUGGGUUGGUUCCAAUGUUGGCAUUGGAACUAGUGUUGGACAAAUACGUAUCAAUGAUGUCAUGGACAGAAGUGAAUCCUCUUAUGAUUUGUUGCAUAGCUAUGAAGAUGGAGUGCCAUUUGCCGUGGAGGAAAAAUCUGGUGUUAUAACAGUGAUUGAAGAACUGUCGAAAUUCAAUCGGCCUAUUUAUGAUUUCGAAGCGGUAGCCAUGCAGGAAAACUCCAAUAUUACUAUAGCUACAAAUACCACGAUACAUGUGGUUGAUGUAAACGAUGAGAGAGGAGUUUUGUUAAAAGGUGCUAAAAAGCCUCUCGUAUUUCAUGUCAAAGAAAAUGUAGCAGGUGCUAAUAUUGGGCAGAUUUUCCCAGUAAAUAUAAGUGCAUUGCCAGCAAACGCUACAGGAAGCAUAAGGUUCAUUAUAGCAAAUCAGAAAGACGUGUCUGAUGAUCUAGCGAUAGGUGAAGAUGGAACAAUUUUUGCCCAAAGGCCUUUAGAUAGAGAAAAACGAGAUACAUAUAGCUUAACAGUUAUAGCGGAAUUCAAAAAAGGAAUAAUAUCUGGUGCGGGUAUUUAUCAAGUAACAGUAAUAGUAGAUGACGAAAAUGAUAAUCCUCCAGUAUUUGAAAUGCCAUCGUAUGAAGGUUCUAUCCCAGAAAAUUCAAAAAGAGGUACUGAAAUUAAAAUUAUGAACAAAAUAAAAGCCAAAGACGCUGAUGUGGGUCAAAAUGCAAUAUUCAUGUAUACUCUUUUUGGAGCUGGUCACGAUAUGUUUGAAGUCAAUCAAGACACUGGUGCCGUAACUUUUGUGGGAAAUAAAAUUGAUCGUGAAGAAAAGAGUUCCUAUUUACUUAAAAUAGUAGCUAGGGAUAAGGGUGGAUUGAGCUCAGAAGCCAAACUUACUGUCAAUGUUUUGGACGAUAAUGAUAAUAGCCCUAAGUAUAGACAAGUCAUUAUACCUACAGGAGAAAAUGUUGAGCUAUUAGAAGCCGAUGAAGAUUCUUCAGUAAAAAUAUAUGAAGAGAAAAAGAAUGUAGUAACAGGGAUAAUUUCAAAUUCCAUUGCCAAACCCAAAAAUAAAUAUGCUUCAAGAGUAGAAGAACUAGGACCACUAUUUUUAAUUCCCGAAAAUGUAGCAAUCGGAUCAACAAUACUUAAAUUAGAUGCUAUUGAUGCAGAUAGUGGAACUAAUGGACAAGUUAGAUAUGAAUUUAUUUCAGAAGUAUUUAUACCGCCACAGGAAAUAACUUCUAGUAAUUUACAAGUCAAAAGAUAUUUUGUUAUUAAUGAAAGACAUGGUCAUAUUAUUGUUGCCAGAACAUUGCCACCAGAGUCUGAAUUUAGAUUAAAUAUAUCUGCUCUAGAUGGCGGUGGACUAAGUGAUCAUAUUUAUAUCAGAUUUUUUAUUAAAGAUGUCAAUGACCAUUAUCCGAUGUUUAAAAAAUCGUAUUAUACAUUUAAUGUAGAAGAAGCUCAAUACACUAGAAAAGUUUUAGGUAAAGUUGACGCUACAGAUGGAGACUUCGGACAAAAUGCAAAUUUAACUUACUUUAUUCAUCCAUCUGGUAAAGAAAUACCAUUUGAAAUAUCACCAUUAACAGGAGUUUUUAGUGUCAAUGGUGAACUAGAUAGAGAAAGAGAAGAAAAGUAUGUUUUGACUGUAGUAGCAAGAGAUAACGGACCAGAAAAUAAAUUGUCAUCAUCAGUAAGUGUUGAAGUACAAGUUUUAGAUGUAAAUGAUAACGCUCCUAGAUUCUAUAAUUAUGAUGAUUUAUUAGAAUGGAAACACCCAGAAGCAGACGAAAUAUUCAACCAUAAUUUUGAAUCAGUAAUGAUGUUACCAGUAUACAGAGCAACUGUCCCAGAAAAUGUUCCUAUAGGAACUUCAGUCGCUAAAGUAUUUGCAAAUGAUUCAGAUUUUGUGGGCAACGGAAACGGUCUAAUUUUAUAUAGUUUACCUCAACGCAAAAAUCAAGUAAACCUUUUUGCUAUAGAUUCCAAAGAUGGGGUCAUUACUACCACGGGAAGGUUAGAUUACGAAACUCAAUCAGUAUACAAUGUCACUAUUGUGGCUUCAGAUUUAGGAUCUCCUAGUUUAAGUUCGACAGCAAUUUUGAUGCUAAUCGUAACGGAUAUACCAGACGAAAUUGAAAUGUCAGAUAAACCAGUAUUUAUCUCUAGAUAUUACGAGUUAGAAAUAGAAGAGAAUGUCGUAACUCCCGUGGAGCUAGUCACUUUAAAUUUGACUGAAUAUUAUGAAAACUUUAAAAUGAAAUAUUUUAUUUUGAAUGAAGACGAUCCUGAUAUAAAGAAAAUGUUCAUUAUUGAUCCCAGAAAUGGUACGUUAUAUUUAGUUAGAAGUCCAGAUCGUGAGCAAAGGGAAGUGUAUGAAGUAAUUGUAAGAGCAGAAAGACAAAAAAUAAGUAGAGAUAUGCCUCACAUGAUAUACCCGGUGUCAGAUGAUGUUCUAGAGGGGAUGAGCAAAUAUGACGUAAAAGUAAUUGUUCGGAUCAGGGAUGUAAAUGAUAAUCCUCCGAGAUUCUCAAAUGGCGGCAGACCAUUAGUAACAGCAAUACCUACUACUGCUCCUUUCGGAUACCAAGUUAUUCAGCUCAUGGCCACAGAUGCUGAUACGGGUAUCAACGCGGAUAUUCGUUACCAAAUCAUAAGCGAACAGGCGCCUCGCUUUUCUAUAGAUUCCAUAACUGGCACAGUACGAGUAGUGACUUCUCUGAUCAGAGAUGCAGGCAAAGUGUUCGGGUUUGAUGUCAAAGCUACUGACAAGAAAGGAGCUGACGAUGGAAAAUCUGCUAUAGCUAAUGUUUUUGUGUAUGUACUAGACGAGAAUAAACAGUUAGUGCUAGUAGUAGGCGCUAGACCAAUGGAGGUAGAAAAAGAGAUCGGUAACAUUACCCGCACGCUCACAGAUCUCACUGGGUAUGAUAUUCGGGUGAGAAGACUCGAAGCCAGUGCCAAGACUGGUGUGGAUGGCGCAGCGACGGAUAUGUAUAUUUACGCAGUGGAUCCAAUGUCUAACACUAUCGUCGACAUGGAAGUUCUACAAAAAUCGCUACUAAAGCGCGAAGCAGAUUUCCGUCACGACCUCAACGGUCUCAGAUUGCUGGAAGUAGGCGGCAUGGCCAUGGUGCAAGCGAGGAGCGGCAAGCUGUUGAGUACGAUGGAGAUCAGCGUAGUCGCUCUCGCUUGUAUCGUGUUCGUCGGCGCUUGCACCACAGCGGUCUGUAUACUGUGUGUCAGGAAGAACAGGAGACAACGUCACAAACCAUAUUCCCAGCAACAUCUUAACGCUUUCUCCACUGAACACCUAACAAAAUAUGGAGGUCUGUUCCCAUCUGGUGCAAACCAGUGUCAAGAGUUGAACCAGUCUUAUAGCGAAGCUGAUUCUUAUAUGGACGUGAUUAAUCAUAAUGUGACGAAAAAGAUAUGCCCUCAUGGAAACACCGUGGAGGAGUUUGGAAAGGCUCAUCAGAAAUGUGUCAAUUCAGAAUUUAAUCAGAAACAUGAAAGGAUGUGCAUUAAAUUUAAUCAACGACCUCUGCAAAAAAGGAAGGGGCAAGACACUUCGAUAACGUCAGUGAAUUCCAGUGGACAAGACUCCGGCAUUGCUGAGGCGGGGCGGUGUCCUUGUGGCCAGUCCAGUCUCCACACCUCGGAAGAAAGCAGCGGCUGUAGCUAUGAAGACUCACUCAAAUCAAACCACAACCAAGAGACACGCAAAUCAUACCAUCGAUCUGAUGCAGAGAACAGGUUCGCCCGCCGUGCUUCCUUCGCAAACCAACCUGUUGACUCCAGACCCAUUCAUUACCGAAGACAGUCUUUCUCUGAAAACAUCCAAAGACACUUUCCCUCCUUCGAAAGAGUCGGUUCAGAAGUAAAACUGACCAGGCAGGUAUCUACUCCUAACGUGUCCAAUCUUGGCCAGACAUAUUUCAUGAGUAGCAAGCAGAAUUUAAGAAGAAAAGAGGUAGUGAAUGAGCCGAUGAUUGAUUACGAUCAUAGCGAGGGAGAAGAUGUUUUUGAUAGCAGAAUUGAUAGAAGGCCUAGUGGAAAGAAUAAUAAGAGAAAAUUCAUGGAAUUAGGCGGUCAAGCAGCUGUGUUUGUGGCAACACCAGCUGCAGCCGAAAUCAUGAGAAGGCAGGGCAGUGAAAGACUUAUGUUCGCGCAACCAUUAUAGCGCCUAAAUUAAUGUGAUACGUCAACUAAUCGUUUCUAUUUCGUGCAAUUUGUAUUUAUAAUCUUAUACAUAUGUAAAUAAGGAUCGUGUAGAUAGUAGAAUAGGCUACAGAUUUCUUGCCUACUGCAGCUUUAUGCAUUACCUUGGUACUGUUUUCCAAAGAAGUAAUGUCCAGUUAGAGUGCCAUUUCGGAGAUGUCUUUGUUAAGACUUGUAAUUUACGUAACCACCUUAGUACUGCUUAUUUAUGUAAUAAUGUUUUGUAUUUUUGUAAAUAAUCUUUAGGUUUAUGAUAUUAAAUUGAGUAUGAUACGUUAAA